UGUACUUUGACUCGCUUAGGUGUCUGUACGGAUAAUCUCUUUGGGAGUGAUUCAUCAUUGCUUUCUCUUCUAACAGUUCAUUACCUCAUCAAUUCCCUCCAUGGAAUUCGCGUCUUCAUCAUCCAAACUCCCACGGUAUUACGACGUGCUCAUCAAUUUCAAUGGAGAAGACAUCCUCACGAAAUUUGUUUCUCAUCUAGAUUCUGUCCUCUCGUCCGUUGGACUCACCACUUUCCUUCACCAUCAGAAUGCAGUGGAGUCAACGCACGUCCAACAACCUAUUCUCGAUCUGUGUCGGGUAGUAAUAGUUGUUUUCACCAAAACCUAUUCUGAAUCUGCUUGGUGUCUUCAUCAGCUUCAACAAAUCAUUCAAUGGCACCAAACUUAUUGCCGACAUGUUCUGCCUGUAUAUUACGAAAUUCAGCCAUCCGAUGUACGUUUUCAGAAGGGUGAUUUUGGAAAGGCCUUCAAAGAAACUGCACAUCAAACAUUUUCAGCACAACAACUUAAGCAUGGCAUGUCCAGAUGGAGCCACGCACUCACCAAAGCUGCAAAUUUGUUUGGAUGGGAUGAGAGUAAUCACAGGAGUGAUGCUGAACUAGUGCACGAAAUUGUUAAGAGCGUUCGUAAUUCAUCAGUUUUUUCUGCUACUAAAUUCCCAGUUGGAUUACAAUACCCAGUGGAAGAACUAAUUCAAACUAUAAAAGAUAAAUCCAUGGAUGUUUGUACAAUAGGGAUAUGUGGCAUGAGAGGAUCAGGUAAAACCACCCUUGCCAAAGCCAUCUACCAUCAAAUCCAUGGUACAUUCAUGCAUAAAAGUUUCAUUGAAGGUAUUGCACAAUUUAGUGAACCAAGAGGGGGUAUACAUUUUCAGGAACAACUUCUUUCAGAUGUCAUAAAAACAAAGGUGAAAAUAGAUACCCUUGAGAUGGGAAAAAAUAUGAUUCGGGACAGACUUUUGGGGAAAAGGGUCCUCAUUGUACUUGACGAUAUGGAUGACUAUCUUUUAUUAUUAUAUCUAAGGGAAAGUCAUUCAUGGUUAAGUAAAGGAACUGUAAUAAUCAUGACAACAACAGACGACGACCUAUUUAAGGAAUAUCAAGUUCAAUCUGUUUUUCGGAUAAAUCCAAUGAAUGAAAACAGGUCCCUUGAGCUUCUUAGUUGGCACGCAUUUCGAGAAGCAAAACCAAAAGAAGAAUACAAUUACCUUGCAAGAAGAUUAAUUUCUCUUUGUGGAGGACUACCUCUAGUUCUUGAAGUCAUUGGAAGUACCUUAUUUGAAAGGACGGAAGUGGAAUGGUAUAGUGUAUUGUUUAAAUUAGAGAAAAUUCCCUAUCACAAUGUUCAACAGAAAUUGAAAAUAAGCUUGGACCGUUUACGCAAUCAAUUGGAAAGGAACUUAUUCCUUGAUUUAUGUUGUUUCUUUGUUGGUAAGGACAGAGCCUAUGCUACGAAUAUCCUAAGCAGCUCUGUAGUAGAACCUGAUAGUGAAACAGGUGUUCUACAUGACUUUAGAGUAGACGCUGAUAGUGGAAUAAGAGUUCUCAUGGAGCGGAACCUCAUUAAAGUCAAAAGAAAUAACAAAUUUGGAAUGCAUCCUUUACUACAAGAAAUGGGAAUAGCAAUUUUUCGUGAAAUUUCAGGAGAGAAACGUUGGAAGAACGGUCAACUGUUGUUUGAUGUGGAUGCAGAAUAUGCAUUGAAAGUGAAUGCUGGGAGAAAAAACUAUGAGGUAUUGCUUUCGACAAGAAGAGAACCAUCAAGACUUCAGAAAGACGGUGUAAAUUCUGAGAACCUUACUCCGAAAUUGAGAUGGAUUAGUUUCCAUGGAUUUUCUAUAGAAUACAUAACCAACGUCUUUAAUGCGCAUGAUACAAUAGCGAUUGAUCUAAAACACAGUCUUCUUCAAUUCUUUUGGGAAGAACCCCAGGUUUUGAAAUCACUAAAAGUCCUUAACCUUAGUCACUCCAUGUACUUAACAGAAACACCUGACUUUUCGAGAUUACCAAAUCUUGAAGAACUCAUUCUAAAAGAUUGUCCGAGAUUGCGGGAAGUACACCAAUCUAUUGGACAUCUCUGUUAUCUUAUACUACUCAAUUUGAAGGACUGUAAACGUCUAAGAAAUCUCCCCCAAGAGAUAUAUAGGUUGAAAUCUUUAAGAACUCUUAUCCUCUCUGGGUGUUCGAAGAUUGACCCAAUGGAGAAAGAUAUAGUGCAAAUGAAAUCCUUGAUAACUCUAGCUGCUGAAAAUACAACUGUGAAAAAAGUGCCUUUUUCAAUUGUAAGUUCAACAGCCAUUGGAUAUAUAUCCUUAGGAGGAUUUGAGAGAUUGUCAUGUAAUCCUUUUCCUUCAAUCAUUAUUCGAUCUUGGAUGUCGCCAACAAUGAAUUCCAUAUCUUAUAUUAAUUUGAAUUGUGUGGAUAUGGAGGAUAAUAGUUGGGAUGAUAUUGCGCCAUUGCUUGGCAACUUGGCAAAUCUUCGAAGUGUUUUGGUGCAAUGUGACACCGAGUUUCAACUAUCUAAGCAAGUAAAAAAUAUUCUGGUCGACUAUUUUUCAAAUAUUACCGAAUCAGAAAUUUCAAAGCAGCAUUUCAGGUCUUCUUUGAUCGGUGUUGGAGCAUACCAUGAAUUCUUCAACGCUGUCAGCAAUAACAUAUCUGAGGUAUUGGCAAGUAGUGAGUGUUCUGAUGUCUCUCUUCCAGGUGACAACCACCCUUAUUGGUUGGCCUAUAUGGGUGAGGGAGAUUUUGUUUCUUUCACCGUGCCUACAGAUAAUGACAUGAAGGGAAUGGUUUUGUGUGUUGUUUAUGUAUCAACCCCUGAAAUUGAAAUUGUGGCCUCUGAAGGAAUUAGAACUGUGUUAAUUGUCAAUUACACAAAGUGCACAUUGCAGAUACACAUGCAUGGCAAAACAAUUUCCUUUAAUGAUAUAGAUUGGAAGGCUAUAAGGUCAAAUUUAGGAUCAGGAGACAAGGUGGAGAUUUUUGUGAUUUUUUCUCAAGGAGUGGUGGUCAAGAAUACACAUGUCUAUCUUAUAUGUGGUGAAUCACAUUACCGUGAAAAAGUGUCUACUCAAAAAAAAAAAUGAUCUCCUUAGAUUCAUAAAGAAAAUUGUAAAGUGACUUCUAUGAGAACUGCAGGAUCCCUUUACUUAUGGAAUUAGUCUGUUCCUUGAUUGCAAUGCAUUUUUUUUCCAUCC